AUGAAAUUUCUAAAUUUCCUGUUUAAUAUUUAUUUUAUCCUAUUAUCUAUUUUAUUUAUCAAGAAAUCAAUUUGCAGUGAAUUUCACUUUCAUUUAACAAGUACCUCUGAUGUCUUUAUUCCAGUUUUAGAUGGAUUUUCAGGAAAACUUCAAUGUACUGUUUAUAGAUGUAAUGAUCAAAAAUUAUCAGUUUCAUGGUUAAAAAAUGAUAAUACAAUAUUCAAUAAUACAAAAUUUAUUGUUUCUUCAGGAGUUGAUCCAUCAUCAGUUUAUUUACAAUAUACAAUUGAUGAAGAGUCAGUGAAAGGUGAAGAAUGUACUGAAAUGUUUAGAUUACCAAAAGGUAGAACAUGUAAAUGUAUUACAGAAAGCUAUAAUUUAAUUUUAAGAAAUAUAACAAAACAAGAUGGAGGUAAUUAUAGAUGUCUUAUCAAUGAAGUUCCACAACAAUUAGAUUUUCAUGUUGAAGUGUUAGAUAGUGGUUUAAAACAAGGAUUUCAUAGACAUAUUACAUAUGAUUAUACAGCAUGUUGUUUAGAAAGAGGAAUAAAUCCAAUGUGUCGUUCAAUGUGUAAACCACGAGAUAUGUAUUUAGAAGUUUUUGAUCCUAUUAGUUGUCAAAGUGCUGAUUUUAGAAAUUUUAUACAAUGUGUUACAGAUGAUGGAAGAAAAAAUUAUACAAGUUGUUGUCAAUCUCGAAAAGUUCCAGAUUUUUGUCAUGAUUUUUGUUCAAAUAAUUUUACUAUGUUAAAAAAAAGUCACCGGUUAUGCUUAUAUUAUUUACCUGAAAUAUUUGAAUGUUUUAAUCAACAAGCAAAUACAUAA